AUGGAAGAGAGCUCGACGAAAGAUACCUUCAAGGCACCCCCUGCCGUCGCUGAAGAAGCCGGCGUCGUCAUCGGAGACUCCUUCACCAUCGAUGCGGCAGCCGAGAGGUCGGUCCUGCGCAAGCUGGACUUUCGACUGCUGCCUGCACUCUCGCUCAUGUACUUUUUCAACUCACUGGACCGCUCCAAUCUUGGCAAUGCCAAAACGGACGGCCUCGAGACCGAUCUCCAUCUGGUCGGUAGCCAGUACAACGUGAUUCUGGCAGUGUUCAACGUCACCUUCUGUCUGUUUGACCUCCCGUCCAACCUGAUGCUGAAGAAGUUCAGCGGAAAGGUGAUGCUGCCGUCGAUGAUGUUGGGAUGGGGCGCCAUAACAUUGCUGCAAUGCGCAGUGUAUGAUUUCGCUGGCCUGCUGGUCUGCCGGUUGAUCAUGGGGAUCUUUGAAGCGGGCUUUUUUGCCGGCGUCAUCUUCUACCUCACGCAAUUCUACAAACGCAACGAGAUUGCCUUUCGGCUGAGCAUCUUCUAUGGCAUGGUCACCAUCGCGGGUGCCUUCUCCGGCCUCAUCUCCUUUGGCGUCUUUCAGAUCAAACACCACCUCCCCGGCUGGAAGUACCUCUUCCUCAUCGAAGGCAGCGCCACCAUCAUCAUCGCCUCCUUCUCGCUCUGGUGGCUCCCCGCCAGCGGCGCCCAGUGCCACUGGUUCAACGAGGCUGAGUCUCGCGCGGCCCAGAUGCGCCUGCUCCAGGACGGAUCGGUGCGGACGGGAGAGCAGCUCUCCAUCACCGAGGCUCUGGCAGCGCUGAGUGACUGGCGCGUGCUGGCCUGGGCCGUUAGCUGUUUCUGCUACGGCAUCGCCCAGAGCUCAGUCAGCAAUUUUCUGCCCCAGAUGGUGGCCCUGCUGGGGUAUUCCACCGUCAAGACGAACCUCUACACGGUGGCGCCGUAUUGUGUCGGCACCGUCGUGCUAUGGAUUCUGUGCAAGUCGUCCGACCAUUUCCGCGAGCGUUCCUUCCAUCUGGCCGGUUCCUUGAUGAUCACCUUUGUGGGCUACAUUAUCCUGAUUGCCAUAGACGCAUCCCAACAUCAAGGAGUCGCCUAUUUUGCGUGCUUCCUGCUGGCGUCGGGCGCCUUUGUGCCCAGCUCCGUGUUCCACAGCUGGCACACCAACAAUGUCACUGACGAGUCGCAGCGCGCAGCCACCGUAGGGUUCCUGGUCGGCGCGGCCAACUGUGCUGGCAUCCCGGCCAGCCUGGCGUUCCAGGCGAACACGGCUCCGCGAUACAAACCGGCGCUGAUCGUCAACUGCGCCUUCCUCCUAUUUGGAGUGUUGGUGAUCCUAGGCAUGGGAGCGUACUUCCGCUAUGACAAUCGGCGCCGCGAUCGCGAGCAGGGCGUGAAGCUCACCGCGGCAGAUGUAUCAACCAAGUCGCUGGUGGGCGGGUGGAAGGAUCCGAACUGGCGGUGGACCGCGUGA